AUGGAAGUCCUUCACCAGAACUUGUUUAAUCAACUCGGGGUCACUUAUGUUCAAAAUUGGUGUUUUACCAAGGUAGAGACCAAGCCAUGGGUGGUGUUUGUGUUGGGAGGGCCGGGCGCCGGGAAAGGCACCCAAUGCGAGCGCAUCCGCAAGCAAUUUGGUUUCAUUCACUUGAGUGCCGGCGACCUCUUAAGAGCCGAACAAAACACAGAGGGAUCACAAUAUGGGGCACUCAUUGAAUGGCAUAUGAGGACGAGUACCAUAGUUCCCGUGGAGAUCACCUAUCAGUUGCUGGACAACGCCAUGAAAAGGUCGUCCGGAAGCGGCCGCAAGUUUGUGAUCGACGGCUUUCCCCUCAAUCGAGACAAUUUGGACGUUUGGCAGAGGGAGAUGACACACAAAGUGGACCUCAAGUUCGUCCUGUUCUUCGACUGUCCGCGCGAUGUAUGCGUCCAGAGAUGUCUGAAACGUGGAAACAGUGGUCGCAGUGAUGAUAAUCUCGAAAGUGUCAACAAACGGUUCAACAAUUAUCUCAUGGAAAUAGUGCCUAUCAUUAGGUACUACGAAAAGUCUAAUCUCGUGCACAAAGUGGACGCCAAUCUCCCUCCGGACCAAGUGUUUCAAGAAGUGCGACAAAUCUUCGAGAAACUCAAUUGA